GAGGCUACGCUAGAGCUCGAUACAAAGUCGCAUAAGGUAUCCUCCUUCACCUCCCUCUUCAUAUCUGAGCUGUUCAUAUCGACUUCACGAUAUCCUACCGACCUUUCAUCCAUAUCGAAACCUCAGAGAGGCCCGCAGCUUUUCGACACAUAUAACGAGCCGACCACCUGCAUCUCAGCCGAACCGCACGAACAAGCCGUCAAAGACCCGGUACAGCAUUAUUUCGGUUGCAUUGAGAUCUGCCAGCGGCCCGAUUUCUUUAAGGAAUCGAAUAAUGUCUGGGUUAAUGAACGUGAGAUGGAGCGUAAGAAGCUCAGGAUGGCAAUGGAUAAUGCUUCCAGACCUCUUUUGACGGACGACAUGAACGCAAUGCUCAAUGAGACAAUGACAAAAAGGAUGCUCAGCGUGGCAAUUGCGAUUGAGGCCCGGUACAGACGAACGGAAGUGAUGCGCAGUGCUAUAAUGAAACCUCGUUCUUCGGGUGGACAGCCAAGGCUCGUCUACAACAUGGAAAAAAGCCGUAAUAAAUGGAUGAACUCUCAGAAGUUCAAAGAUGGUAUUCCAAUGGUUCGGGAUUGGAGGAAAGGAGCUCAAGGGGGACACAGGCCAGUUGAUCUGGUAAACGCUGGAGAAUUUACUCUCUCCGACAGGAUCCAAACUGGACGUCAAGAGGUUCAACUCUUCAUCAGGCAGCAUGGAAUUAACAAGGAACAAAACGCAGAUCUCAGUGGCAUUGAGUACAGCAUUGAGCGAGACGUCCACGCCCAUUUUAUUGAGUUUACCGUUCAAGAGGCGAAUAUCCAAACAACACCCGGUGCCGAAUCAUCUUCUGCCGUCAGACAGUUCUUGAAACCAGCCAACGACGAACUCGCCGACAUUGGGGUCAAGGGCACGUUCCCAGACCAGCGCAUCUCCAUGAGUCGGUUGCUAAACAAUGGGAGAGACCUGAUGGGGGGGCAAUGCGACCCGAAGGACGACUGGAAUAUUCUACGGCGGGACAGAAACGAAGGCUUUGCGAAGCCCCGCAGGAUCCGAUAUCUCCAUGUCCCUUCAAACAAUAUGGCGAAAGUCAUCGCGAACUACUAUGCGGAUUCAAACCCGGAUGUGAGAAGCAAAGUCCAGAGCCCAGGCAUCCAAUCCUCAACACAGCUGCUUCUGCGGCCCCAGUACUGGCAUGGACAACAGCAAGAGACUCGAAGUGGUAUUGUUCAUACGAGACACAUGCGCGCCUUGUGUGAAAUAGUAUCGUCUAAUACGGACAUAAUUGAGCAGAGUCCAAAGAACAUUGUCCUAUUUCGAAUCAAUUCGGAAAUCGAUAAAGCUAAGCAGCUUCGGCUACAACGUCUAUCAGCAGCAAGGCCCCUGACUAAGCAUUACGCCUAUGAUGACCAUUAUGGAUGCGAGGAAUGCAGGCAAAAUAUCAUGCAGGUGCAACGACUGAUAAUGGUAGAUCAGAUAUGGAUGUGGAUCCUUGACGAGCAAACCAUCAUCACGUCUUUUCCACAAAGCUGGCGAAAGAACGCUAGACAGACCGUAAAUGGCAUUCACGAGUCGAUUCGUGCCCGGCUGAGACCCUUGGCGACGACGCAGAUCGACCACCAGAUUCAAUCAGUCUAUGAACUAGGGCUACUAAUACUAGGCGAAUGCAGCACUUUGUCUGAUCUGUCAUCGCUACGCCUUCGCUUGUUAGACAACACCGAAGAAGAGAAGCUUCAACAAGAGCUUCGGCAAGUCUUGAUUGACCUUGAUGUCAUGCUCGAUGUUCAGAAACAACAGGAUACUUUCGUUCGCCGAUUCUGUCAACAUGCUGAGAAAAACUUGUCUGGGAACCAGAAUAAGGACAAGCGCUUGCGGUUUCGAGGGCAAUCCCAAAAUCUGCUUCAGAAAUUAGGUGAUCAGCUAAGCGAACUGGAAAGACUGCAGAAAUGGACCAAGCGCACAGCGGCAGUCAUAAAUGACCUAGUGAACUUGAAACAACAACAUGCCAGUCUCAUAAAAGCACAAGAGUCGAUGCGACAAGCCGAUGAAUCCACCAGUCAAGGUAGAGCUGUUAUGAUGUUUACAGUUGUGACCAUCAUAUUCGUACCUCUCUCGUUCAUUUCGAGUAUCUUCGGCAUGAACAAUAUUGAGUUCUCAGGUGAGAACCCUAUGUCACUUGAACAACAGUUCGGAAUUAUCGCCACUCUGCCGCUGUUGUUAGCUAGCACAGUGGUCUAUUUGUUCACCGUGGUGACUGUACGCUUGGGGCUGCUUGGUUUUUGGUUACAGUUCCACAACAAAGAGCACUUUCAAGUAAACACGCUGAGAAACAGGAUUGAAUCUGAAGCAAGGCAGAUGAGACGAGUUGCGGAAAAUGAAGCAAGACGGAAAAUCCGCGAGAAAGAGUUCGCGAAACGGAUUGAACACAAAUUCGAAGAUGCGAGAAUGGAUGAGCGGCCCUCAAGGAUAGAUCUCAUCCUCAGACGCUAUCCAAGUCUGCUGGAAGAUGAUGCGGGGGCUUUUGCUCUGGAAAUGGGUCCGGUUGAUGCAGGAAGAAGAAUCAUCGACAGGCGAGCGCGCGGAGAGAGGGCACAUGCAGCCAUCGAAGAAGAAGAGAGAAGCAGAGCGAGCCAGGAUGUUGUUCAGGACAGAGUGCAUUGA